AUGACGCAGUCGCUCUUUUCGCCACGUGCGUCGGGUUACCACACCCGGAGUAUCCUCGCUAAUGGGUCGCAGCUGUCGAAGCCAAUUCAAUCCCCAUUCGGCACGUGGCAGGCACAAGCGCGACCGGGUCAUCCGCUCAGCCGAAAGUUGACGAGGCUAGACGACAGGCUCGGAACCAGGCUCGGCAACUGUGGCAAUUUUAGGUUCGGAGCGCAACAGCAGGGAUGGAGAAGGGGGUUCGGGGGAGAAGGCGUGGGAGAGGAAGGAGGAGCGGUUCGGGGGAGGCGGCGAACGAUAACAGCCAUUGGAUUUACUGCAGAUCCACGGCCCAGUGCAGGCAAAGCAGCAGCACGCCUACUGAGGGAUGCGGCAGCGCUGCUGCUGUAUCAGGACGCUUUCAAAGGCGCUGCUCCGCAGGCGUUUCUGAGGCUGCUUCUGCAACUGCGACGCGCUGAUGGUGGGGAGGAGUGGACGGGAGCGUUUCUGAGGCUGCUGCUGCAGCUGCGACGCGCUGAUGGUGGGGAAGGGAAGGGAGUGGGGAAGAGCGGGGCUGCGGUGCGGAGGUGUGGGGGUGGGUGGAGUGGGCGUGUUGUGGUGGUGGGGUUGAGUGUUGGGGUGUGGGGGAGGUGUUGGGGUGUGGGGGAGGUGUUGGGGUGUGGGGGAGGUGUUGGGGUGUGGGGGAGGUGUUGGGGUGUGGGGGAGGUGUUGGGGUGUGGGGGAGGUGUUGGGGUGUGGGGGAGGUGUUGGGGUGUGGGGGAGGUGUUGGGGUGUGGGGGAGGUGUUGGGGUGUGGGGGAGGUGUUGGGGUGUGGGGGAGGUGUUGGGGUGUGGGGGAGGUGUUGGGGUGUGGGGGAGGUGUUGGGGUGUGGGGGAGGUGUUGGGGUGUGGGGGAGGUGUUGGGGUGUGGGGGAGGUGUUGGGGUGUGGGGGAGGUGUUGGGGUGUGGGGGAGGUGUUGGGGUGUGGGGGAGGUGUUGGGGUGUGGGGGAGGUGUUGGGGUGUGGGGGAGGUGUUGGGGUGUGGGGGAGGUGUUGGGGUGUGGGGGAGGUGUUGGGGUGUGGGGGAGGUGUUGGGGUGUGGGGGAGGUGUUGGGGUGUGGGGGAGGUGUUGGGGUGUGGGGGAGGUGUUGGGGUGUGGGGGAGGUGUUGGGGUGUGGGGGAGGUGUUGGGGUGUGGGGGAGGUGUUGGGGUGUGGGGGAGGUGUUGGGGUGUGGGGGAGGUGUUGGGGUGUGGGGGAGGUGUUGGGGUGUGGGGGAGGUGUUGGGGUGUGGGGGAGGUGUUGGGGUGUGGGGGAGGUGUUGGGGUGUGGGGGAGGUGUUGGGGUGUGGGGGAGGUGUUGGGGUGUGGGGGAGGUGUUGGGGUGUGGGGGAGGUGUUGGGGUGUGGGGGAGGUGUUGGGGUGUGGGGGAGGUGUUGGGGUGUGGGGGAGGUGUUGGGGUGUGGGGGAGGUGUUGGGGUGUGGGGGAGGUGUUGGGGUGUGGGGGAGGUGUUGGGGUGUGGGGGAGGUGUUGGGGUGUGGGGGAGGUGUUGGGGUGUGGGGGAGGUGUUGGGGUGUGGGGGAGGUGUUGGGGUGUGGGGGAGGUGUUGGGGUGAGAGCAGCAGCGGCGGCAGCAGCGGUGGACUUGAAUGCGCUGCAGUCGCUGUGUGUCAACGAAAGCACCCUUGCCUCCUGGGUAGGUGGGUGGGUAGGUCCUACACGGGUGGAUAGACCUCUUACUCAGCGGCAUGUGGGACUGGGCGGGCGGAUUCUAGUUUUGAGGCGCCUCAUAACCGGCAUGCCGCAUCCACACGUUUGGACUCAUUUCCGCCCCUGCUUCCCCUCAUUUCCGCCCCUGCUUCCCCUCCUUUCCCCCCACGCAUCCCCUCAUUUCCGCCCCUGCUUCCCCUCAUUUCCGCCCCUGCAUCCCCUCAUUUCCGCCCCUGCUUCCCCUCCUUUCCCCCCACGCAUCCCCUCAUUUCCGCCCCUGCAUCCCCUCAUUUCCGCCCCUGCUUCCCCUCCUUUCCCCCCACGCAUCCCCUCAUUUCCGCCCCUGCAUCCCCUCAUUUCCGCCCCUGCUUCCCCUCCUUUCCCCCCACGCAUCCCCUCAUUUCCGUCCCUGCAUCCCCUCAUUUCCGUCCCUGCAUCCCCUCAUUUCCGCCCCUGCUUCCCCUCCUUUCCCCCCACGCAUCCCCUCAUUUCCGCCCCUGCUUCCCCUCCUUUCCCCCCACGCAUCCCCUCAUUUCCGCCCCUGCAUCCCCUCAUUUCCGUCCCUGCCUCCCCUCCUUUCCCCCUUGCUUCCCCUCCUUUCCCCCACUUCUUCCCCUCCUUUCCCCCACUGCUUCCCCUCCUUUCCCCCACUGCUUCCCCUCCUUUCCCCCACUGCUUCCCCUCCUUUCCCCCACUGCUUCCCCUCCUUUCCCCCACUGCUUCCCCUCCUUUCCCCCACUGCUUCCCCUCCUUUCCCCCACUGCUUCCCCUCCUUUCCCCCACUGCUUCCCCUCCUUUCCCCCACUGCUUCCCCUCCUUUCCCCCACUGCUUCCCCUCCUUUCCCCCACUGCUUCCCCUCCUUUCCCCCACUGCUUCCCCUCCUUUCCCCCACUGCUUCCCCUCCUUUCCCCCACUGCUUCUCCUCCUUUCCUCCACUCCUCUGCCUCGUCUUUCACCCCCGUGCUUCCCCUCCUUUCCCCCACUGCUUCCCCUCCUUUCCUCCACUUCUCUGCCUCGCCUUUCACCCCCGUGCUUCCCCUCCUUUCCCCCACUGCUUCCCCUCCUUUCCUCCACUUCUCUGCCUCGCCUUUCACCCCCGUGCUUCCCCUCCUUUCCCCCACUGCUUCCCCUCCUUUCCUCCACUUCUCUGCCUCGCCUUUCACCCCCGUGCUUCCCCUCCUUUCCCCCACUGCUUCCCCUCCUUUCCUCCACUUCUCUGCCUCGCCUUUCCCCCCCGUGCUUCCCCUCCUUUCCCCCACUGCUUCCCCUCCUUUCCUCCACUUCUCUGCCUCGCCUUUCCCCCCCGUGCUUCCCCUCCUUUCCCCCACUGCUUCCCCUCCUUUCCUCCACUUCUCUGCCUCGCCUUUCACCCCCGUGCUUCCCCUCCUUUCCCCCACUGCUUCCCCUCCUUUCCUCCACUUCUCUGCCUCGCCUUUCACCCCCGUGCUUCCCCUCCUUUCCCCCACUGCUUCCCCUCCUUUCCUCCACUUCUCUGCCUCGCCUUUCACCCCCGUGCUUCCCCUCCUUUCCCCCACUGCUUCCCCUCCUUUCCUCCACUUCUCUGCCUCGCCUUUCCCCCCCGUGCUUCCCCUCCUUUCCCCCACUGCUUCCCCUCCUUUCCUCCACUUCUCUGCCUCGCCUUUCCCCCCCGUGCUUCCCCUCCUUUCCCCCACUGAUUCCCCUCCUUUCCUCCACUUCUCUGCCUCGCCUUUCCCCCCCGUGCUUCCCCUCCUUUCCCCCACUGCUUCCCCUCCUUUCCUCCACUUCUCUGCCUCGCCUUUCCCCCCCGUGCUUCCCCUCCUUUCCCCCACUGCUUCCCCUCCUUUCCUCCACUUCUCUGCCUCGCCUUUCCCCCCCGUGCUUCCCCUCCUUUCCCCCACUGCUUCCCCUCCUUUCCUCCACUUCUCUGCCUCGCCUUUCCCCCCCGUACUUCCCCUGCUUUCCCCCGCUGAUUCCCCUCCUUUCUUCUCCUCAUCCCUCCUCACCCCAUCCUUUCUUCUCCUCAUCCCUCCUCACCCCAUCCUUUCCUCUCCGCAUCCCUUCUCACCCCAUCCUUUCUUCUCCUCAUCCCUCACCCCAUCCUUUCUUCUCCUCAUCCCUCACCCCAUCCUUUCUUCUCCUCAUCCCUCCUCACCCCGUCCUUUCUUCUCCGCAUCCCUUCUCACCCCAUCCUUUCUUCUCCUCAUCCCUCACUCUACCAACUGGUUAUUGAACGUAGUGCUUUGUUUACAUACUGUGUUAUGGUAG